UCUGUAUCUAUAGGCUGUGCCUAUAUCUAGAUAGUAUAAGUAGAACCAUUUUCAGACCAAAAAAAGUAUGAGCAUUUAGCAACUUAGAGCAAGCAAAAGUGAGAUUAGUGAAAGAAAAAAAAAAUGGCGCUAAAGGUGCUUUCCGCCCUUGACACGGCGAAGACGCAAUGGUACCACUUCAAGGCCAUCAUCAUCGCCGGCAUGGGCCUCUUCACCGACGCCUACGACCUCUUCUGUAUCCCUCCCAUCAUGAGACUCCUCGGCCGCAUAUACUACAACAAACGUAAACCAAACGACAUAGUAUUCGACAACAACGACAACAACUUCGUAAUCCCGGCGCUAGUCGUUACGGCGCUGGUGGGCUUCCCUCUCCUCGGCACUGUCCUGGGGCAGCUGCUCUUCGGCAGGCUUGGGGACCUAGUCGGUAGGAGACGUGUCUACGGGCUUUCGCUGAUGGUGAUGGUGCUGAGCUCCAUAGGGUGCGGCUUCUCCAUCUGCACCUCCCCCACCUGCGUCCUAGUCAGCCUCGUCUUCUUUCGGCUCCUCCUCGGCGUCGGCAUCGGCGGAGACUACCCCCUCUCGGCGACCAUCAUGUCGGAGUUUGCCAACAAGAGGACACGUGGCUCGUUCAUAGCGGCUGUGUUCUCCAUGCAAGGGUUUGGGAUUCUGGCGAGCUCUAUAGUGACCAUCGUGGUGUGCGCCGUCUUUAACUUUGCGAGCAAGCCGGAUCCGAAGAAAGCGACGCCGGACGAGGCUGACAUAGCGUGGAGGUUGAUACUCAUGCUCGGUGCAAUUCCGGCUGCCAUGACGUACUAUUGGCGGAUGAUGAUGCCUGAAACUGCCAGGUAUACAGCACUGGUUGAGCUAAAUGUGGUGCAAGCAGCCAAGGAUAUGGAGAAAGUGUUGGCUGUUUCCUUGAGUCAAAUUGCAGAAGAUGAACCAGAUUUACUAUCAGUAGGACAAAACCCUGCAUCAUCAUAUCCCUUCUUCUCCAAGGAAUUUUUACGUCUCCAUGGCCGCGAUCUCUUCUCUUGUGCUGCCAACUGGUUUCUUGUUGAUGUUGUCUUCUACAGCAGCAACCUAUUCCAGUCUCAAAUAUAUAGAAGAUAUAUCGACAAAAAAUACCCAAAAUACAAUGUUAAUCUCUACCAAGAUGCUUUGCAUGUUGCUGAGUUGCAAGCAAUUGUUACAAUAUGCUCAACAAUUCCAGGAUAUUGGUUCAGUGUCUUCUUCAUUGAUCGAAUUGGAAGGCGAAAAAUUCAAAUGAUGGGGUUUUUCGUCAUGGCACUUGUUUAUUUCUCGAUUGGGAUACCCUACAAAACUCACUGGGCAAAAAAUACAGAUGUAGGUUUCAUGGUCCUCUAUGGCCUCACUUUCUUCUUUGCAAAUUUUGGACCAAAUACUACUACAUUUAUAGUGCCUGUUGAGCUUUUCCCGGCGAGGUUUAGGUCAACUUGUCAUGGGAUUUCUGGAGCGUCGGGGAAGGUUGGCGCCUUGAUCGGAUCAAUUGGAUUUCUAUGGGCUGCACAUGGUCAAAACGAGGAGGAUAAAAAGACGAGAAUCGAGAGGUCGUUGAUUGGUUUAGGUGUAGUUUGUAUUCUGGGAUUGGUGGUAACGCAUUUCUUCACACCUGAAACUACGGGAAGAUCACUAGAAGAGAAUGAGAAUGAGAAUGGAAAUGAACAACAUGCAUGAUCAGGAAAAACAUGUUACAUGGCUAGAGAAGCAAUUUUAAGUUCUGUGUGUUAUUGGAACCAUUAGAGUUUGUUCUCUUAUCUCCUGUAGAUGGCAGGGAUAAAGAUUUGAUCGAGGGUUUGGGAUAACAUUAGUGGACUUCGAUAUGGAGAAGAUUUUUGCGUGUAAAGUUUCAUUCAAUUAGGACCUUGUUCAUUUCUUUUUCAACUGAAUCUAGCUGACUACGUUUGGGAAUGAAUCUUGCUCGUUAAGGACUUGAUUCUCUAGUCCUGAUUGUGAAUAACGGUUUGUUGUGAGUAAUUAAACCAAAUCAAUUUAAAGUUU